AUGAUUAAUUCGUUUAAUUUAUUUAAUAUCUUUAGCCAACAUUGCCCGAGAUGCACAUCCAAUACCGGAUCAACUUUUCCAAACGGUGACUGUUGGCUACAGGACUCACAAAGCUCUUUGGGAGUCCUUAAAUGUCUUCGUAAGCCUUUGAAAAAAGCUCUCGCUACAGAACACUCGGCAACUCUUCAUAUUUCUUCAUAUCGAUGA